AUGGAGGAAACAAUGAAGAGUUUGCUUGAUGAUUCUUUUGAAAGUGCAAUGACACUUACCAAUUCAGGUGCCCCUCAAGUGCCUGGCCGUUACGUUCUUCCGCCAUCGCAAAGGCCAGCUCUUGGUUCAAGCUUAGGGACCAGAGAGAUAACACUUCCUAUCAUUGAUCUCUCUCUUUUACACGAACCUUUGCUUAGGUCCAGCGUUAUCCAAGAGAUCAACAUGGCCUGCAAGGAAUUUGGUUUCUUUCAGGUUAUAAACCAUGGGAUACCACCAUCAGUGGUUAGAGAUGCCUUAGAUGCAGCAACACAAUUCUUUGACUUACCUGUGGAAGAGAAGAUGCUUCUAGUGUCUGCAGAUGUUCAUAAGCCAGUAAGAUAUGGCACAAGCCUCAACCAUUCAACAGACAGAGUUCAUUACUGGAGAGAUUUCAUUAAACAUUACUCUUAUCCUCUAUCAAAGUGGAUCGAUAUGUGGCCAUCAAAUCCUCCAUGCUACAAGGAUAAGGUAGGCAAGUAUGCAGAGGCAACGCAUGUGCUACAUAAGCAAUUAAUAGAAGCUAUCUCAGAAAGCCUAGGACUAGAGAAAGAUUACUUACAAGAACAAACUGAAGAAGGCUCACAAGUCAUGGCAGUGAACUGUUAUCCAGCAUGUCCUGAACCUGAAAUCACCUUGGGAAUGCCACCACACUCGGACUUCGGCUCGCUGACCAUCUUACUUCAAAGUAGCCAGGGACUCCAGAUAAUGGACUCCAACAAAAACUGGAUCAGUGUGCCGUAUAUUGAAGGAGCUUUGAUAGUUCAGCUGGGAGAUCAAGUAGAAGUGAUGAGCAAUGGCAUAUACAAGAGUGUGAUCCAUCGUGUAACAGUGAACAAAGACUACAAGCGGCUAUCAUUUGCAAGUCUUCAUAGUCUACCUCUGCACAAGAGGAUAAGUCCAGCACCUGAGCUCGUUGGAAACAAUGCACCAGCCUAUGGGGAGUUUAGUUUCAACGAUUUUCUUGACUACAUCUCAAGCAAUGACUGUGUACAGCAAAGAUUUAUUGAUACACUUAAGAAGAGCAACUCCUGA